AUGUCAUUGUCGAAUAUACCUAGCAUGAGCAAUAAUAAUGGACGUGGUAGAACAAAAAUAGCUACAGGGACAACACAGCCAAAUAAAAAACUGCAUACCAAAUUAAAAAGUCAUAAUAGGUCAUAUUCACAUAAUAAAGUAUUGAAUAAAUUAUCCACCUCUUCAACACCAUUAGUGUCAACAAUGGGGUCCAGACCAAACUUGAACCGUUCUAAAUCCACGGAUGGAUUAAUUAGACCCACGAAUAGACACGGUGCUUUGAAGAAGAAUAGUCGAUCAUUUACCAAGUUGGCUGGCUUACAACCAUUAACGAAGACUAUACUGAAUCAAUCUAUAAAGUCAAAUAAGUCUACAGGCUCUCUAAAAGGUAUGAACACGGCACACCAUUUAGGCGGAUUAAAAACUAGCGGUCGUAAAGGUAAAGCAAUUUUAAAGCUAAACGAUAACGAUAAUGAUAAUAAUGACUACGAAGAUAUGGAGAAUGAUAGCGGAGAUAACGACAAUGAAAAUGAAAAUAGAAACGAAAAUAAUAGAGAUGGAAGGGCUUUACAAUCUACGAGUUUCACUAACUAUGAGAAUGAUAAACAGGAGAUUAAGGGUCCAUCUCAGUUACCUUUGGAACGCUCUCUGUCAGUUCAAAGCUCUAGUGAUGAUUUAGUAGCCAAUAGUAACAUGUACGGUGGAUCGCUACUCCUUUCACAAUCAACAGGAUUAACAAGGAAAAUUAACUCUGCUUAUAACAAUAAUAGCUCAGCUUCACCUAUAUUGACACACAAGGCAGCAGAUACACAUGAAUCGUCAAUGGGAUCUACGAAUUCAGAAUCGGUAAGUGGAAUAUCAUUUAAAGCUAAUCCAAUGGACAAUGUAAACAACUUGCAAAAUAAUGUUGCUGAGCCGAUUAUAACUAAUAAGAAUGUGGUUCAAGACAAUUCUUAUCAACCAAACCAAACAAUCUUCAAUAACUUGCAAAGAAAUAAUCAAGCCCAAUCUAGUUAUAACAAGGUGAAUGGUCAAAAUGGUUCUAGUUCUAACAAUGCAAUUUCAAAUGAUCAGUCAUUACAAUCAUAUUUGCAACAAGCAAAUCAGCCGCAACACAAUAUUGAAACCAGAACACAACAAAGAUUAUGGUUACAAAGAGAAAACUCAUUAAUGGAUGUGGUCAAUGUUGAUCCAAAUAGGUCAAAUUUCUCAAGUUUGUCGUUAAACAAUAUGAUGUUUGCGCAUAAUUAUAACCAAAGUCAACAAAAUAUAAGAGAUAUAUCACAACCAUCCAACCAAGCAACAGGGCCUGUGACGCCUCAGAGCGAAGCUAGCACAUAUGAAAUGUCACAUAAUAAUAGUGUUAAUGCCAUUACUGCAAAUAAUGCUCCACAACCUGGGAAUGAUCAUUCAAAUAGCAUGAGCAACAUAAAUGGUUUGCUAACAAUGGUACAAAAUAGUCAUCAGAAUUCAAUCCAAUCAAGAACAGAAUUUGAAAGGUUGAAUAGGGAAUACCUUAACGUGAGAAGGCAUCUAAAUCCUAUUGGCGAAAGUCUUAAUAGGGUGGAAGAGAUUAUGAAGAACACAAAAGAUAUUAAAGUGGUCAAAAAGAAUAGCCAUAAGAAAUCACUGUCAGUUUCGUCGGUAAAUUCCAAUUCCACCAAUGCGAACACCUUUAAGGAAUUCUCGCCAUCAUUCCAAGAGAAAGAGCAAGAAAUUAGUUCUACCUUGAAUAAACUUUGGCAAGAAGCAUUGAUAUUGACCCUGUCUCUGACAUCAUCAACGAACUCAAUAAGGGUAAACCCUCCACAGCCAUCGCAGCAGCCAAUACAAAGGUCCCAUAACCCGAGGGCCCCAUCUUACGGUCAGAGUCCUUACAGCAAUUUGAGAUCGCCCCAGACUCCAACUACCCGGGCCGUCAAAUUAGCAGCACAAGCCCAGGCUGCCAACACGAAAAGACUUAACGAACAGCAUAAUUAG